UUGCUCUCCUUUAGUCCCAGCUGGCUUCAGCUUCCUGUUUCCGCUCUAGCGUCGCCGGAAAAAAGAAAAGAGGGUUUAGUGGUUGGGGGUGGGGAGGGUUUGAUAUGUUUUGGUUUUCGUGAGCCAAAAGCAGGCCAUGAAGAAAUUCUUCCAGGAUAUCAAAGCUGAGUUGCAGUUCAAGGGGGCUGGGCCAGGCCAGAAGCUCAACGAGACACCCAGAGAAAGAGUACCUAAAGAGAAGGCCAAAGCUGACCCUCCCAAGUGUCGCAAAGGGCCGACCAAUGAAGCUCAGAUGGCGGCAGCUGCAGCCUUGGCCCGGCUGGAGCAGAAGCCCAAACCUCGUCCCCCCUCAUCCCAAGAUGCCAUCCGAAAUCAGGUGAAAAAAGAGCUUAUAGCUGAGGCGGCGGCAAGUGAUAAGGGAGCACCUCUGGAGCAGAAGAAUUCCUUACCCGCUCUUGAAGAAGACCCAAACAUGCUGUCGGUCUCGGGAGUCUACUUCACUUGCCCUUUAACUGGGGCCACUGUCCGGAAAGACCAAAAAGAGGCGCAGGUCAAAAAGGCGAUCCUGGAGCAUGCUGACAAAGACCCAGUGGCCGCCUCCAUAAUGGGCAUCCACACCUUCAACAGAGACCGGGAGAAAGUCAGGCUCGGCGUGGAGACCAUCGCGAAGUACCUCGACAACAUCUGCCUCCACCCAGAGGAAGAGAAGUACCGGAAAAUCAAACUUCAGAACAAAGUGUUCCAGGAAAGGAUCCACUGUUUGGAGGGGACGCACAAGUUUUUCCAGGCAAUAGGAUUCGAAAAGACCACCCUCAGUGUUCUGGGACAAGAAGACACCACAGAGGACUUCUACGUGCUGAAGGAGGACGCCUUGGGGAAACUGGGGGACCUCAAAGAGCACAAGGAGAAGCUGAUGAGCGGGGAGCCGGUGAGGGCCCAGCUGGACCGCCAGCUCCGCAUUUUCAAGCCGUCCCCCCAGGCCUCCCGUUUUGAGCUGCCCAGCGACUUCUUCAAUCUCACCGCCGAGGAGCUCAGGCGAGAGCAGAGGCUCCGGACAGAAGCUGUCGAGAAGGCCUCCAUGCUGAGAACAAAGGCCAUGAGGGAGAAGGACGAGCAGAGGGAGCGGAGGAAGUACAACUAUGCGCUCCUGCGGGUCCGCUUUCCUGACGGGUAUAUCUUACAAGGGACAUUCUACGCCCGAGAGCCCGUCUCGUCCCUUUACCAGUUUGUGCGGGAGACACUGCAGACAGACUGGCUCCCCUUUGAGCUGCUGGUUCCCGGAGGCCACAAACUGACCGACGAGAGCGUGGCACUCAAUGAGCAUGGGCUGGUGCCUUCUGCCCUUCUGACGUUUGUAUGGGAUGCUGAUGUCAUGGCGGACAUAAAGGCUUCAGGGGGCGAGCACGUGGGCAGCGUGCUGAAGCCGGAGCUGCUGCUGGCUGUGCAGGCACUCUCCUGAAAAUAAAAGCAGGCCGUGGUCUGCUCCAGUCCCACCCCGUGUGGUCACCCUUCUCCUAUGUGUCAAACGGAAGCUGCUUCAGACACUCCCGUUAACUACUCUCGUGUGAACACUACAGAAAGAAAACGCUGCUGGGUUUGUUUGGUUUUUAGUAUGUUAGAAGUCUGGAACUGGAGUUAGCCACGGAAAGAAUGGUUGGGGUUGCCUUGCGUGUUGAGGACUUGAACUGGUUUAAAAAAUGUGUCAGAUCAAGAGAGAUUAUUUUUUACAGUGCUGCUUUUUCUAUUUAUAUUCUGCAUAAAGUUUCAUCCACAGCUGCCCUCAAAGAGAUUUUAACCUCUUUCUAGCCUCAAAAAACACACGCACGGUUUUGCUGGGAAAAGAUUAAAGCGUUACCUUGCCCAUAUUGUAGCAAACUGCAUAGCAGUGCCACUGAUCAGCCCCUGCGGAGCCCUGCUGCUUGGCAGAGUUUGGAGGGCUACAAGGGCUUCCUUUCUGCAUCUGCUUACACAAACUUUGUUCCUACCUAAUCCCUGGGCCAGAAGGAAGCUCUUGCGUUUGUCACUUGCAACCUGUCAGAAACUGUUAGCUUCAUUAAAGGAAGACAACACUGCCGCA